CCCCGCGCCGGUGUCUGAGCCCAGAGCUCCCUCGGGGUCGCCCCGGCAGGUUAACCUCCAUUUUGCCUAAUCAUGGGAGAGAUUAAAAUCUCUCCUGAUUAUAACUGGUUUAGAAGUACAGUUCCCCUUAAAAAGAUUAUUGUGGACGAUGAUGACAGUAAGAUAUGGUCACUCUAUGACGCAGGCCCCAGAAACAUCCGGUGUCCACUCAUAUUCCUGCCCCCAGUCAGUGGAACUGCAGAUGUGUUUUUCCGGCAGAUUCUGGCUUUGACUGGAUGGGGUUACCGGGUCAUCGCUUUACAGUAUCCAGUUUAUUGGGACCAUCUUGAAUUCUGUGAUGGAUUCAGAAAACUGUUAGACCAUUUGCAGUUGGAUAAAGUUCAUCUUUUUGGAGCAUCUUUGGGAGGCUUUUUGGCCCAGAAAUUUGCUGAAUAUACUCACAAAUCUCCCCGAGUCCACUCUCUCAUUCUGUGCAACUCCUUCAGUGACACUUCCAUCUUCAACCAAACUUGGACUGCAAACAGCUUUUGGCUGAUGCCAUCGUUUAUGCUCAAAAAAAUAGUUCUUGGGAACUUUUCAUCUGGCCCCGUGGACCCUCUGAUGGCUAAUGCCAUUGAUUUCAUGGUGGACAGGCUGGAAAGUUUGGGUCAGAGUGAACUAGCUUCAAGACUUACCUUAAAUUGUCAGAAUUCUUACGUGGAGCCUCAUAAAAUUCGGGACAUCCCUGUCACCAUUAUGGAUGUGUUUGACCAGAGUGCACUCUCAAUGGAAGCUAAGGAAGAGAUGUACAAACUGUACCCUAAUGCGCGAAGGGCUCACCUGAAAACAGGAGGCAAUUUCCCGUAUCUGUGCCGAAGUGCAGAGGUGAAUCUCUACGUGCAGAUACAUUUACUGCAAUUCCAUGGAACCAAAUACGCAGCCAUCGACCCAUCAAUGGUGAGCGCAGAAGAACUGGAGGUACAGAAAAACGGCCUGAGUGGUGGCACUGAGGAACAGUAACUGCAGCACUGGCCACAAAGGACAAGUCUGACGAGUUCCAGCGUGAUCCCGCUCGCUCAGCCCCCUGAGUGCCCCAACCUAUCCCCUUGAAGAGGCUGGUAGCCUCUUGGCAACAGGCAGCGGCUUCUCUGAGCCAGGGCACUGCUCCCUCUUCCUCUUUUUUAGCCUUUGAAUUUAAAGAGGUACUUUUGGAGAUUCCUGUUUUAAGAAUCGCAACAAUUUUGCUACCAAGGUCUUCACCACUGUGUUCUGAAGAGAAUGUUAAUGUUCCCCUUUUCUUUUGUCUUUACUCACUUGCUGUGUUAGUGCUGCACCAUGUGGCCGCACCCAUGUAGUCCUUGUUUUAACUGCCACGAGGGCCUCCCCUGUCCUGGGCUGUCCCGUAAAACGGCUCCUCCUCAUGUCCAGUCAAGCAAGUGCUUUCCUGGUCACCCAUCAUCUUUCAACCAUUGUGGGCAUUUGGAAUAAACAUUCAAUUUCAA